UAUAACAUAUGGAAAUUAUCCAAACUGCAACUUAUCCAUUGGGAACAAUAUCUCUGGAAAGGGUUUGAUAACUGGUUUGAUUCCUGGAAUAGUCUAUCAAAUCUUCAUUAAUUGUUCCAACUGCUCCACGAAUAUCAAAACAAUUCCCAACCCUCCUGGUCCCAUCAUGGUGGCAUCUCAGACUGUGGAGUCCAUCAACUUUACCUGGCCCUUUCCAGAGGACAUGGACUAUAAUCAGUACAACUUCACUGUGUCCAGCUUUAGGGGCUUGUUUUCAACUAAAAACAACUGGUUCCUGCUGGCCAAUCUUCAGUCUGGAAGCUACUACAACAUAUCUGUUGUUACAGUAGGCGUGUGGAACUAUGAGAGCACAGAAGUGAUAGCAGAAAACUAUACCAGACUGUAUCCUGUAACCAUGCUGACACAGGCAGGAAUCACCACAAAUGCAGUGACCUUGAUGUGGGAGCAGCAGGAGAGCAAAUCUUACUAUUCAUAUGUGGUGCAGGUCUCCAACAGCUCCUUUAGCUCAUCUAAAGCAGUCUUGAACACCUCAAUCACGAUCACUGGACUUCUCUCUGGUAGCAACUACAGCUUCACUGUCACAGCCCAGACAGCAGAUGGCACUCAGGCAGCUCCUGUGUACUCCAUAUAGUACUAGCUGGUCCAAGGUGGAAACCCUAAACACAACUGCUAUACAUCUGGUUUGGAUGAAACCGCUGGAUUACAAGAAUGGAUACACAUAUAGGGUUACGACUACAGGCUGUGGCUCCAAAAACAUAACCGUCGCAGGAGAAGACACACUGAUCUCAGAGCUCACCCCUGGGACCAACUGCACCUUCUGUGUUUAUGUCAGGGCAGUGGAUGGCACCGAAGGGCAGGCAAACUGCACCUCUCAGUACACUCUCCCUAACCUUCCCGGGCCAAUUGAGAUCCUGACGAAGACAACCAGCUCCAUCACCAUCAGGUGGAGGGACGCUCCUCUCAUGACUGGUGCAUCAUUCUUCUACCAGCUGACUUACACAACCCAACGGGGAAGGGAAAACAUGUCCUCCACCACCAAUUAUACCUUUUCCCCACUGCCUUCUGGGACUUCUUACAACAUCUCUGUGGCAACAGUGGGUGUCUUGGGUUUUCAGAGUGGGAAGGUUCAGAUCCCCAUGGUCACCACAAGACCGUUCAGUGUGCGGUCUGUUAAUGCUACUACAGAAGAGAAGAACAUCAUAGUCACGUGGAAAGAACCUGACGAAUACAAGGAAAGCUAUCAUUUACAAUCAGGCAAAGCUCAGAUGGGUCCAUUAAUAGUAACAUAACUAAUAUAACCGAGUAUAAUAUCAGGGACCUGGUACCUGGCAGUCCCUAUAUCAUUAAUGUCAUCACACAGACCUCUGAUGGAACACAGAGUGCUCCAAAUUUGACUAGCUGCUGUACAGAUGCAAGCCCCGAGGAAACCGUUCAAUGUACUGGUCUGAACACAACAAACGCAGAACUCAUCCUGGAACAGGCCCUGCAAUAAAGGAUGGCAAGAUCAUCAACACAUCAUCAUCAUCCUGUUGUAAUCAGACUUUUUCAAACCUCCGUCACCAUACUGAGUACAAUCUGACUGUGGAGACUCAGAGCUGUGGAAGCUCCAGCACCCCUUUGUCUUAUCUCUGCAGUACAGGCAUCACAAUUCCACCCAUUCCAGAUAACUUUGAGUCAUUGGUGAGAGUGAGUGAAAAGGUAUACAACAGGUUCUCUCUUAAGAUUGACUCCAGCCUGCUGAACAACACUAGUGGGCCAAUCACACAUGUUGGGGUGCUGAUGACAAGUAAUCUCUCUGAUGACACUUCUGAUUUUACAAAGUACUUGGGGAACACUUAUGAUGAGUGGAAGGCAGGGAGUACUCCAAGAUACCUGGCAACAGUCAAAAAGACCAUCCAAACACGCAGUGAAGAAAAUCCUCUGAGCAUACAAGUAGGAGAUGGAUCUCAUUGGGAGGGCUACAUUAAUGGUGCUCUGGACGCCAGUCGAAAAUACCAAUAUGCUAUUGUGUUGUUCACCAGUCUGACUGUGCAAAACACGCUUGUGAAUGGUUCAUUGUCAUUGGUCUCAGUAACAAACUUCUAUCCUGUUAUUGAACUCCCAAUGAACCCAGCAAUUGGCAUUGCUAUUGGAGCAACACUGGGAUUUGUUUGCGUUCUCAUCGUCCUGAUCGGCUUCAUUAUCUAUUGGAAAAGGUUUUCCACGAAAGAAACAACAGACAUCCAGAUUCAAUCCAUGAGAGCUAAAGUAAGUGUGGCUGUGAGGGUGGAGGACUACGAGGCGUACUACAAGAAGCAGAAAGCUGACUCCAACUGCGGCUUUGCUGAAGAGUUUGAGGACCUGAAGCCUGUUGGUACAGUUCAGUCGAAAGCAAGUGCUCUGACUGUGGAGAACAAGCCAAAGAACCGCUACAACAACGUGCUUCCCUAUGACUCUUCGAGAGUGAAACUCUCUAUUAUCCAUGGAAGUCCAUAUGAUGACUACAUCAAUGCUAACUACAUGCCGGGUUACAACUCCAAGAAGGAGUUUAUUGCAGCUCAGGGUCCAUUGCCCACCACAGUCAACGAGUUCUGGAGGAUGAUCUGGGAGAAGAAUGUACGCACUGUGGUCAUGCUGACACGCUGCAAUGAACAGGGACGAGUAAAAUGUGAGCAAUACUGGGCUUCUGGGACCAAGCACUUUGACAACAUCACUGUGACAACAACUUCUGAAAUACCACUUGAUGACUGGACCAUCAGGGACUUUAGUGUUAAAAAUGUGAAAACAGCAGAGACUCGUUCAGUGCGUCACUUCCACUUCACAGCCUGGCCAGAUCACGGGGUCCCAGAAACCACUGAGCUCCUCAUCAGCUUUAGACAUUUGGUCAGAGAGCACAUGGACCAAUACUCCAGACACUCUCCCACUGUGGUCCACUGCAGUGCUGGAGUUGGACGUACAGGUACCUUUAUAGCCAUUGACCGUUUGAUCUUCCAGAUUGAAAGGGAAAAUAUUGUGGAUGUGUUUGGCAUCGUCCAUGAUCUGCGCAUGCACCGGCCCCUUAUGGUGCAGACAGAGGACCAGUAUGUGUUCUUGAACCAGUGUUCCAUGGACAUCAUCAGAUCAAGAACUGGAACCAAUGUGGAUCUAAUAUACCAAAACACAGCUGCACUAUCUAUUUAUGAGAAUGUAGCACCAAAAAAAGGUUUCCCCAAAAACGGGUACCACAAUGCGUAGGCACCUGGAACCACUCAGGUCUUCUACUUCUCUCUUUAUUCAUAGCAAAUAACUGAGCAGACAUUUGUAAAAGGAACACCUUUAAUAGACUCUGCUGUAUUUAUUUUUAUACCUGUCACACCUUUGUUGUUGCUUUCUGGAUUUAAACCCCUAUUUUGUGAUAUUUAUUGUUAAAUGUUAAAUAUUUGAUAAUGGAGGUUACAGUGGACAUAAUCACUGACCAAAAAUAUUUGGAUUCUAUGUAACCUUUGGUCAAACAUAAAAUUGGAUUCUCUCUUAUUAUUGCAGAUUUUUGGAUUGCUCCGUUGUUUUAAUUUUGUAUUAAUUUUCUGCUUGUUUACUACUGUAUAUGAAUUACGGAUUACAUUUUUUACUCAGGUAAUAUGUUGUAAGGUAUAUUGGUAUGAUUACAGACUCUUGAAAGUGAAAGAAAAAGAAAAUGCUGGAAUGAAUAGGGUGCCUUUUUUAAAACCUUUGCUUUAUCACCAAUGGAUGGCCUUCAUUCAUUUUUGUUUUAAACUGAAAGCGACAAACAGGGAAAUGUUAUGAUAUUCCUUUGCUAAAGGCACCUUAAGAUGACAUGUCUCUAUAUAUCAUAUUUUAUUGAAGUUUGUUAGAUGCUCCAGCCAAUUCUUUUUGCAACUCUUAAGCCAAUUUGAACUGUGUAUUCACUUUUAAUGAAGGUGUUUUGUUGUUUGUUGUCAA